GAAUUUAAUCAUGAAAUUAAAAAAGAAGAUUAAAGGCAUAUAAAACAAAUACAUUGUAUGGACAGAAAAAUAUAUUUGUAAGGCAGAUACACUGUUAAAGUUGGAAUAAUUUUGUGUUCAGACACAUGGAUCUUUUAAUUUUAUUUAUAUGUGCUUUAAAUUUCACUGUGACAUGUUUGGAAGAGAUUGAUCAAUAAAGUUUUGAGAAGAUAUACACGUUAUCUAUCAAGAAUAAAUCACAUUGUCACAAUAAUUUCAUGAAAAGAGAUAAAAGAAUACUUAAUUCUAACUUUAUUUCAAUUUUUUCCAGCAAUUUCCUUUCGACUGAUCUAUCGUUGCCAAACCUGCCUGCCCCUGACUAACCUGCCUCGUCGUUCUCCCGUCACAUUUCUGUCUCUGACCAUGAUCUCCGUUUUAACCCCUCACUGCUGUUUGCCUGCUGGUGUGGCAUCCUGCUGCUACACUGCCUUAUUGCAACUUGCUGGACUUCCACGAGAGUUAUACAGAAUGGAUCCUAAAUUUAGUAAGAGGGGGGAUGGUCUUGCCAACCUCUUUGAUUCUGAGGAUGCAAAGAAGGUGAAGGGGGAGAAUAGGCCAUGGGCCCGCGCUUUGUCCCCAGAUCGAGUAAAGGAGUCGGCAAGGGUGGCUGUUAUUAGUCGUGGUGAGGACCCGGAAAAUGAGCAGCAUCUUCUGGGCCAACAUCAGCUGCAGUUUGGAAUUUUUAGGGGUCAAACAUUUCAGUGGGUGGCUGAGAAUGCGCUGGGGUAUGCUGGGUAUGUGGUGGCAUCAAUGUCAGAGGAAUCAGGAAGCUCUGAUUCAAAUAACAACCUGGCCAAUAAAAAUGCCCUUAAGAGGUACAUUUUACACUAUCCAGAGGGACAUUAUGCUGUUCAAUUCAAGAUGGAGACGAGAUCCUCCAAAAGUCGGAGCACACCAGCCACCUCCACACAGCCCUCCACCUCCACACGGCCCUCCACCUCCACACGGCCCUCCACCUCCACACGACCCUCCACCUCCACACAGCCUUCCUCCUCCACAGUGCCCUCCACCUCCACAGUGCCCUCCACCUCACCGCAACUAUCCACCUCUUUUCGUGCAUCCUCAGUGCCUAUAUCCUCCCUGCGGUCAUUGUUGAUCGGGAAAGGAGUGUCUCAGCAGAGAAUUCACAAGUCUGUCAAGAGGCUGUUUAUGCAACCCACGUUUCAGCCAUCUGUUCCUGCUCUGUCCCCUGCUGGAUCCACCAAGGACACGGUGCCAACAAAUCUAGUUACCAGUAAGAAUGAGCCCACUGACAGCGAGCUUCUGCUGGCAGUUCAAGAGGUGGAAUCAGACAUGCCACGUAUGUAUUUUUAUGAAAUACUUACACACACUCUCCCCUUCUCUAUAUGUUUAUUUGUUAUACUUGUUUUGCAAUUGAUGCUAAAUGUGUCAAUACAUGAGGACAUGAAUAGAAUUUUGACUUAGCAUACAUACAUACAUAUUUGUUAUCUUUUCUAUCCAUUUUGAAAAUUGUGGCUGUCUAUUGAAACUACUUUUUUGUAAUUAUAUAUAUAUAUAUUAAUUAAUUAUAUUGAGAUUAAAAUAUUUAAUCACGAUUAAUUGCAUUAAUGUCAUAGUUAACUCACAAUUAAUCACAAUUAAUAGCACAUUUUUA